AGUAACGUUCCGUAGCGGUUGGUUCGUCCCUCGACGUCGAGCGUCGAGUGAUCUCGGGUGUGCUCUCCAGUCCAGUCCAGUCCAUGGUCCACAGUCUUCAGUCUUUCGGGAGUUUGGGUGUUCCACGAAAACGACCAGCUUUCAGAAACAGGACGACCAAGGUUGGGCGGUGAAAAACAGAAGAGCAAAUUGGACUUUUACUCCGGGGAAAACGAUCAGCACGAGGCAAAAAUUGAUUAUUAAUAUGUAAAUGUUCCAACAAAUCAAAUCCAAAAUAUCGGAGUACACGAGCCUGUUUGUGAAAUCGGCUUCUACUGCUCCAAGGAAAGAGCAAAGCCAGGUGGUUUGGGUUCUGUGGAAGUGAAAUUUGAUAACAUCGUGCUGUGGGAAUCCUUGCUUGAAAAGAGGAUGCUGGCAAGGCUUUGAUCGAAUCGCGUAUUCGAUAACUUGAUGGAAAAUUUCCAACAGCGCUAAGUACCUCUGCAAAAGUCACUUCAACGUUUUGGGGAAGAUGUGUUUUUCCGGGAAAAUUCUUCCGCUGGUGGGCCAAACGGAGCUGCUCCUCUUCUCGGUGUGUGAGUGAAGAUUGACCUACCGUCGUUUGUUUUCGGUGUCUUGUUUUCUUUUUUGGCUUCGUGGGCCAUGUGUGGGAAAUUCUUAUGAGGAUGCUCUGCGGGGUGGAGAAAAAAUUAUGGCAAAGUAAUGUGGUGCCGAGCAAUUCCGAGGAAGACGACGUAAUCGAUUGAAAUCUUGGUGAAAAGACGUCGGCUUCCAGGUGUUUGUGUAGCGAAGAAAAUUUCCUCCCAUACCGUGGGGGAAAAAGUGAGUGAAAAGUGGAAAGCUCGCAGCAGGUGGCAAACGGCUGUUAGCCGUAAAAUGAGAUAAAAUUUUCCUGGUAUAAAUCUAUGAAAUUGAUUUGAAUCAAAGCUGCAUUGGAUAUGAUAAAAGAGUAUAAAUAAAAUAAUCAAUUGAAAAAUUCAAAAGAAGUGUUAUGCAAUGUGUUACGAAGUAUAAUUAAAACCAGAUGAAAAAACAAGUGCAGCUCCAAACAAACCAAAAGAAGAAACAAAAAUCAAUACAUUUCUCAUCAUCUGCUCCAGAAGGAACCAAGAGAAGGCAGGAGGCAAUUGACAUCAUAAUACCAAGUGGAUUACAACAAAUUGAAAGAACCAAACUUUACAAAUUCACCAAAAAAACCAGUAGACAAACGAGAAAAAGCCAUCUGCAAAAGUCUGUCUGUCACUAGUAGCAAUUCCAACAACUAUCGCUUACGAAACGCGAAAAGUGGCACAUAAUUAGCUGAGCAACGAUAAUUUUUGCGCACCCACAGAAAAUCCUCACCAAACUUACCCCACUCCGCACAAAUUCUUAGUUUUUCGGUUUUCAAUUCCGCAAUUUUGGACUAGUUGGAGCUUGAAGGUUUUAAAGUUAGUCAGAACCAGACUCAACGAAUUGAAAAGCUGCUGCAGCGCUAAACAAUAAGUUGGGAAUUGGAUUUUAUAAUUUGCAUAUUUAAAUUAUGCCAGUGACAUCAGCGUUAGCAUCAGCAACGACGCCUGCAAGGUAGGCAAUUCGUUUAUGACCGCAAAAUUAUGAUGGCUGAUGCAUAAAAAAGCUGGAACGCUUGUAAGUUUGGCAGGCCGCCUACAAUAACGACGACGAUAAUAGCUGCUGGGACGAGGCCGACGAUGAUGUUGAUGAUGACGGAAUCUUCGAGUGGCGGUGGCCAUUGUUGGAAUUCAAUGGACGGCAACAUUUGCUGGGAACUGCGACAGCUGAACCAGAUCUACUCCAUUCAGCACUACGAAAUACGAUGGAAGCCACUGGCCUAGGUCCCGGUGCUGGUCCGAAUGAAUCGAAAUCACCAGCACGCCAAGUUUAGCUGCAGACACUCCACCGGAGACAAGAGGAGGAUCCUCGAAAAAGAUAACGAAAAAAUAACAAGCUGCUGGAAUUGCGCCCGAAUAUAGGCACCAGCAACAUAGAAAAGCGGAGCCACGGGAAAAAACCUAAAGCAAAAGCAAACUCGUAGGCCGUUGGCCGGCAACAUUUUCAAGCUUCCGUUCCGUUCCGCCGUUUCGUUCCGACAGCUGCCGCGUUGCAACCAACAUUUCGUUCCAGUGAUAGCAUUUAAUUGAGCAAUCGUCGUCUGUAUGAUUUAGUUGCUGAAAAAGGAUCAUUUACUCAACGUCCGCUUUUUAACUGGCGAAUCUAAGUAAGGCGCUAAGUACACAACGAGGGAAAAAACGAAAAAAAAGCAAACAAGUUCUUACUCAUUUCGUUAGAGCAGAAUUCAGUUUAACAGCAAAAAAAAGGCGCAUCAUUGAAGCAGAAAGUAAAAACCCAGUAAAUACAACAAACGUUUCUGAGUUUGAUGCUGGGGACAAGUCAACACAGCCAGGGACAGUUCCAUUGAAAGGACGAACUUACAGCGCGAGAACGUAAAAUUCCAUCAAGCUUUCAAGAAGCGGUAGACGAAAAAAAACGAGGGCCAUUUGAAGAUCAUCUGGAGCGAGAAAGAAAUAACGGCGCCCUACGGUGAAACUUUUGGAGUACUUCCACCAUAACAACUGGAGGGAAAAAAAACCAAAAAAAAAACCUAGAACGAGAUCAUCAAAAAAGGAACCGUAGCGCGUGGCAGCAGUUUGUCAAAAAGGAAAAAGUGGGACAUAAGAAGCAAAAGCGGAUGUUCCUUCGCCCGGAUGUGGACUGUCACUCGGGGAAGUUUCAAGUGCCAUCUGAAAGCUGUCCGGAAGAGCUCGUCGUCACCAUCAUCAUAGAGCGAGACAAGUGUUUUCGGGGUCCUUACGAGGAAGAAAAACCCCUCCCCUGGAUACGAAGGGGUUCUUCCUACGGACACACGAGCCCUUUUCGGGUGGCAACAAACCCGUGAAGCUUACGGGAAAAAAGUGCUUCGGUUUCCGUUUCAUUUGACGCGAAAAUUCUUGAGCAACCAACGGAAAAGAACAAAUCCUGCACAGCACUUGAUUCUAAGCCAGAAACGACGCUAGGCUAUCAACGUUCGCUUUAGCCAUGAACGACGUCGUCGUCUUGGUCGGAUUUCAACUGAGGUGGAUUAACGCCAUCGAUUGUGGCAGUGAAACGUUGAAAUGUGUGAUGGCCCAUUUGUGGAAACAGCCGGGGUGCAUUACGGGCCGGAAACAGUGAAGAAGGUGGAAACAAGUCGGUAUUAGGAUUACCCGACAUCAGGAAGGUGCCAGUAGAUAGAAAAGAAGAACAGUGACGACCACAGCCGGCUAGCGGAAGCCCCAUUCAGGUGGUUUAUAAUUAAGAACAAGCAGCUUUUCACGAGUGCUCUCGUUAGUGUAUGUGCGCGGCUAAAAGAUGAACAAAAAUGCAAAACCAAACGACUUGACAGAAUUCUUUGCGACAGGUGCGGCUAUGAGCAUGAACAUUGGGGUGAAGAUACCGUGAAACGGUUAGGUUCGAGUGGGAUUGGAAGAAGCAAAUGGGAGAUAGGAGAGUGUAUGAAAAGAAGUGUUAAUUAGUAUAAAAAAAGUAAUUAUAAUUUUAACCACCCCUUUUCUAUAAGAAUAUUAUGCCAAAGUGUUGGAAAAGAAAACCGACGGGCUAUGUUUGUGAUGCUGUCAGUUCGCACAACAGCCACCGUUCGUGAACGGCCAGCCGAGACGGUCAAAAAGGCGAUCAACAUUAACCAGCUCAUCAAGAACAUCCACAACCGGAAACAGCAGCAGCAGCAGCAACAGCAAAUCGCCAACAAAAGUGCAGCGGAAGGGUUGAACAAUCAACUCGUAAGCCCGGCUGACCAGCAGCGCAAGAACAGGAAGAACAACCGAAACAACGAAGAGAAACAACACUCAAACAAGGCAUCAGCAGAUCAGAAGAAUCUACAGCAAGACAAAAACAAUUACCAAAAGACACAGGGAGAUAAAAAGAUCGACAAAACGACUUCGAUCGAAACAAUAGGAGUGCUCGCAGCGAAGAACAAAAACUCAACAAAGCAACAGCACAGCAGUCCGAACGUUCGCCUAGGACAAAUACAGGAAGAGGACUCGACGAGCAACAGCCUAUCGACUGUGUCGGAAACGCAACAAACGAAACAGCAACUAGAAACAAAACAAUCGGAACCGUUGCAGCAACAGACAACGGUAAUCAUUGACGUGACAACGAAUUCGGUUUCGUCGUCGGAAAAGCAAGAUCAACAGCAACAGGGUACAACAAACCAGAACCAAACGCAACCGGACCGGAAAUCGAAGACGACCUUUCUACUGCCGGAGCUUAACAACUUCAAGAAACCACCAACUGUACAGGUACCAGUAGCGACCAUACUGAACGAUCUCAGUCCCGUGCCUGCGCCAGCCAAAGUCACGAAUCAAAUCUCCAACUCGAAACCUAUGAGUCCUAUGAACCCCGCCGGGCUACAGAGUAACUCGCCGGACGUUAAGGCCAUGCGGUACUACAGAUUGUGGAUCUACACGUGCAACGCUGUGCUCUUGAUGGCGGUAAUUGUAUUCUGCGGAGUUGCGGGCAAAAUUCUACUCUCCGACUACAAGCGCCUGCUGGUGAACGGGUUGAGUCUGACGCAGCCGAGCUUCAUCUACGCGUACCUGGCGCUGCUGGUGCAAUCAGGUUUCUUGCAACUGAUAGGGUGUCUUGGUGCCUUACGACUAUCGGAGAAAUUACUAAACGCUUACUGGUUGCUCUUACUGCUACUUUUGAUAGGGGACGCAAUGUUGGGCAUAUUUUGGAUGUUCAAAUUCGACAAGGUGAUGAACGACCUGCAGCCGAUGCUGAAAGCCCGGCUGGCCAAUGAAUAUGGAAAUUCGAUGGAAUUAACGGAACUCUGGGACCGGUUGCAGAACGAGGGACGAUGCUGUGGCGUUUCCGGACCACAAAUGUUCAGCGUCCUGGAAUACUCGCAUCAUCGCACUCAAUGGCUCAUUAUAGCCGUAGGAUGUUCGGUGGACUCGGUUUGA